UCCAUUCAGUUUAAUACGCGAGGACUGAGAGUUCGCUUUGCUUCCUGCCCUGCAUUGCGAAGCCGGUCGAGCCAUAUGGAAAUCAGAAAGCCUUUUACUUUGCCAAUGGAAUUGGAGUAAACUUCUUAAAAUUACACUAGGUACUGGAUAGACGUAAUGGAACAAGAUUAUAUUUAUUAUUUAUUUUAAUAGUUUUUACAAAUAAAAGAAACCCCCGCAUUGUUUUCCCCCUUUUCUCAAAUGUUGGUGGACUCGGCGAGGCUCAAGUAAUGGAAAUUAAUUGGGAUCUCGGCCCCGAAGAAGUUGGUAACAAUGCCGAUCCCAGCCAAGAAACGAAGAACCUUUUGGGGGGUUUCAAAGUUUACAAGAGGAGGUGGUUCAUUCUGUCAGUAGUCUGCAUGCUGAAUUGUUCAAACGCAGUGAUAUGGCUGAGUUUUGCUCCAGUGGCAAAUCUGACAGCCAGGUAUCUAGGGGCCUCCCUGGACCAGGUCAACUGGCUGUCCCUGGUCUACAUGGUGGUGGCUGUACCCUUUUGUUUUGUCACCACGUGGAUGUUGGACACCCUGGGACUCCGGAUCUCACUCAUCCUGGGGUCCUGGCUGAACAUGGUGGGGAGUGGCCUGCGUUUCCUCAGCAUCUUGAGCAGCCUGCCGCAGUCUGUGCGUUACUUCCCCCUGCUGAUGGGAGGCCAGACGUUGUGCGCCCUGGCGCAGACCCUCAUCAUCUUCUCCCCCACCAAGCUGGCUGCGCUCUGGUUCCCUCAGCAUCAGAGGGCCACCGCCAACACGAUUGCCUCUAUGUCUAACCCAAUUGGACUUCUCUUGGCCAACAUCUUCUCUCCAAUAAUCGUUGGGCAGGACAUGAACAUUCCUCUGAUGCUGGGGAUCUAUGCCAUCCCAGCAGUCGUGGCCUGUAUCCUAGCAACACUGGGGAUUCGCGAGAGCGUUCCUCCAUCUCCUCCCUCUGCCAGCGCGGAGAGCUCAAACUCAGAGCCGUUUCUGCAGGGUAUUAAGCUGCUGUUGAUGAACAGGGCAUAUAUGAUUCUCCUGCUGUGCAUGGGAUCUGGAAUAGCUGUGUUCACUUGCUUCUCAACCGUGCUGGACCAGAUCCUUUGUGUUAAAGGAUACAGUGAUGAGUUUGCGGGGAUUUGUGGAGCGCUCUUCAUCCUGUUUGGGGUGGUUGGCGCCGCCUUCCUGGGGUUCUAUGUCGACCGCAGCAAGAAGUUCAUUGAGGCCACCAAGAUAGGCAUGUCCCUCUGUGCGCUAGCCUGCAUCGGCUUUGCAGUGGUGUCCCAGCUGCGUGACCAGAAAGCCGCCGUGGCUGUCUUGUGCUCGCUCUUCGGAUUUUUCGGGUUUUCAUUAUACCCUGUUGCCAUGGAACUGUCAGUGGAGAGUUCUUAUCCUGUGGGAGAGGCAUCUUCCUCCGGCCUCCUCUUCAUCUCAGGGCAGAUCCAAUCCAUCGUCUACAUGGUGAUUCUCCAGAUGCUGACCAAGCCAAUAGCAGACUCCCCUUUCUCCACAUGUGGAACUGGAGAAAGCCAGGGCUUGAGUUGGAGAGUGCCUGUGCUGGUGAUGGCUGGUUUGUGGAGUGUGGGAACCUGCUGUUUCGUCCUCUUCUUCCACACUGAAUACCGAAGGCUUCGGGCCGAGGCAGACGCCAUCAUCACCACGGAAACGGAGCCGGGGAGAUCGCAAAGCACCAGAGAGGCGUAGCAGAAUGUACAGGGGGAAACUUUACCUCAUUGGACACGUGUCUCUCUACUGACCUCAGGAAAGUGAACGUAUCUUCUAAGAACUGCUGUGCUGCUCAUUGUUAUUUGACUGCACCAGGUCACUGAUUCAUUUUACACCAGUUCAGGGUCCCAGGUUCUUGGUGCCCUGAUGGUGUGAUGGUAAGGUAGGCAGUGAAUUCCGAACGACGAAGUUUUUAAGGAAGAGCCAUCGACGAACAUGUCGCUGUCAGCAUACUCAAUAUAAACGCCAUGUUCUUCGUUUUAUGUCACUUGAAGCCUUUGGGGGCUGCACAAACUUGGCGUGAAGAUUUUUCCAAGUUGGUUUGCACAACACAGGAUCAUUAACUUGGUCUUUUUGAGUAUACUGGCUUCUUAACAGUCACGUGUAAUAGCACCUCAACCAUUCUGUGGCCCGGAUUAGUGUACUCCCCUGCUAAUCCAAAACCCUUUGGAAUCUGCAGCAUUAUUUCCAAGCAUGGGUGUGUUCAUCUACCUCUUAAACAAGCCCACUGCAUGUGCACUGUAACUUUUUUAAAUAUGGUACUUCAUGAGCUACUAGUUGUGUUUUUAUUGGACUAAAACACUGAUUUUUCACUGAUUUUUAUUACAUUUUUAUUUGUUCGAUUACUUUUACAAGUAUCUCAGUGCUUGAACUGAAAACUAUUUUAAAAUGUGUUUAAUGUAAAUAAAUGCAUGUAUUUUUAAUGCUGUGUUUUCUAAAAAAUAAAUGGCAAAUCAUUUAAAUAUAAACAAUUAGCAGUUUUAUACUUGUAAUUUUAUCAAAUUUGAUUAAUUGUGUACCAGUUUUUAAUCUUCUGAGUGAACCAUUAACUUGCUACUCAAAAUAUGAUCCAUACUUUUCUUAAUUGCAUGUGAAACACUUGGUGUGAAUUCCCAGCCUUUUUCCUUUGCCAUUUUACAUUCUGAGCUAUUGAGAUGUAAAGCCUAAACAUCUGUUCCAAAAUUGUUCAUUUGGAAAAUGGAUUGGAAAUUUGCACAUUUUUGUUGCACAAAACCAAAAAUGUAAAAGUAUAAACUCAAUUAAUUGCAUACAGUUGUAGUUGUUUCCCCCAUAUUGUCAUCACUUGCUUGCAUAUGAAAGUGUUUUAUUGUGUUCUUAAGCUUGUUUUGUUUUAUAAUUUUCAUGACAUGGAUGUAUGUAUCUCUGGCCGGUUCCAAGCUCUUUAAUAAAAGUGUUUUUUCAA